AUGUUUCUGGUGUCUUUCUCCUUUUUUCUUCAGAGUCUGCAGGUAUCACACUGCACUCUGCACUACCAAUUUUACUUUGAGGAGCCACCUCAUUUAAAGCAAGCUCUCCCAGACAUUGCUAAAGAUUAUAUACUGAUUUGGAAGUCUCUUUUUAUAAUGUGGCAGAUCUAUAAGGUAAUUGGUAAUAUGCUUGUGCUAGGUUUGUUUGUUUGUUUUGCUAUUUUUAUAUGCCAGAUUCCCUUUUUCUUCUGGGCUGAUACAGCCUGUUCGCACUUUAAAAUUUCUGUCUUGCACCAAGUGGCACCCACUGAGUUCUAA